AUGUCUUCGGCAAUCACCGUGGAGGUUGUCGCUACCUCCUCUUCUUACCCUCAUAGCGAAGUGCAGCCAUUGGCAAAUGCGAGUAAAAAGUCCCCCGCCAUUACCUAUAUGGUACAGUUUGAAACGACCAUUCAAGAGAUCCCUUCCAAGCUCUCAGAACGUCGGGGCGUUGGCGAAGCGUGGCUACGUUGCCAGGUCCCGGCAUGCUUCCUACAAAAAAACAGUUUCUGGAGAUUGCAUGUUGAUCAAUUCCCUUCCGUACGUAUCUUAGACACAACCGACCAUGACUACUGUACCGUCUCAAUUGCCGACUCUUGCUUCGAAUGCCUUCUUGAUCUCGGCUUCCCUGUAUACUUCGAGGAUUGGGCAGCCUUCUACUGCCAGUUGGAGGCAGCUCCGGAUCACAUUCAGCAUUGCUUCUUCAAACUUUGUGCUUCUCUUGCCCCGAGCCUCAAUAGCCAAACUAAUGAAUUAUGGCAUGAAAAUUUUCGAAAGAUUUGCACCGCUGACAAGCGGUGGAAGGCAAAACACGCAGACUCAUUGGUACUACUUCAUCAGUUGUUCUCCGCCGCCGGCGGAAAACCUAUGGAGACCACCUACAGUCGCCAUUUCAACCCUGAGAAACGAUCAGUGAACGACAACUUGGCUAAUCUUCGAAGGGUAUUCGACAGUCACUGUACAGAUGUACAGGAAUUUAACCAAUUGAACGCAGAGGAUCGAAUCGUACUCUAUGUACCAAUUGGGUUCCCCAGUAUGUUGGAGAACAAAAAGUGA